UUCCAGAUUAAUAUUUUCGCGAAAAGCGGGUAAAAAGCUGUCAAAGCAUAUGAUUUCGCGACAUGCUAGUACUGCAGCUCGCGUCAUUAAAGGCACAAUUCGUCCUGGUAUACCAUCGAAGGUUGCAUUAUGGUUAACACCUGAAGCUGUGAAACGUGUGAAAUAUUUGCUUAGCAAACAACCGGAAACGGCAGCAUUAAAAAUAAGCGUAAGGCAACGUGGUUGUAAUGGAUUGACGUAUACAUUGGAUUAUGCCCAACAUAAAGCAAAAUUUGAUGAAGAAGUUGUACAGGAUGGUGUGCGUUUGUGGAUUGAUCCGAAAGCGCAGCUAACGUUGUUAGGUAGUGAAAUGGAUUAUGUGGAAGAUCGUCUGUCUUCUGAAUUCGUUUUUCGCAAUCCAAACAUUAAGAGUACUUGUGGUUGCGGUGAAAGCUUUAGUAUAUGAUAAUUUGCAUAUGUUUUGAAAUCCUCAACACUAGUUUGGCUUAUUUUAUUCCAUAGUAAGCAAGUAGUUUGCGAUUUUGUUCAUAAAGCUAUUUAUGUGUAUUAAGUAGAUUAAGUAGAUUAAGUUAAUUCAUUAUCAUGUAUUUAGUAUUGUCAGGGAUAACAAAUCUCUUCAAUAAUGCAUUACAAAAAGUAAUUUUUUG